ACCACUUCAGACACAGAAGCAGAAAAGAUGCACUUCAACCACAAAGAACUGACACUUUUUCCAAAGAUCGAAACAUCUGAAUGGUUCCUAUUUAAUGCCGAAUUUACAGGAAGGCACCAUUUAUUUAUAAUUUGUUGUAGCCAUUUCACAAAGUUUGAAAAGUUUCUCCUCAGGAUGCGACAACUCUUAAAAUGACGCGAUUGUUAAGGGAGUCUGGUGACGUUUCCGUUACUAAUAAAUUUACUUCAUUGCGUGGAACAAGUCCGUGAGUUUCACGCACGCACACACACGCAGCCGCUCACUUCCUGCAACAAUUUGAUAAAGUUUGUCAAAACAAGUUGAAAAGUUAAAGUUGGAGUCAUGUUGCUUGUAUUGUUUGUCACGUGAUCCUCCGUCUCCUCCCACAUGUUCAGUCUUCCUGCCAAAGAGUGCGCAGUGACUGAGGAGUUCCAUGUGAAGGAAUGAAAGAGGGCGUGUUGGUGUGUAAAGUUUAGUCUUUUGGACAAGAGAUGAGGCGUAAAGAGGCUCCGCUUCAUGUUUACAGUCCGAUCACUGAGGAGCGACACUUAAAGUGAAACUAACAAGUCGGUGAUGUGGUUGGCCCAGGGAAAGAUGUCAGUCAGGACGGCUCCCCUCUUGAUAACUGUGACCCUCUUCUGUCUCACAGUGGCAAACAGACCAAAGGCUGAACUGAGGGCUGAUGACAGAGACAUUCCUGUAGGGGGCAGUGUGACCCUGACCUGCUCUGUGAAGCCAUCAUCAUCUGAUUGGAAAUACUUCUGGUACAGAGGAGAGAAAACCUCUGAACCUCUGACCUCUCAACUCUCAGCUGGACCAAUCAGAGUCUCAGAGGGAGGAGUCUACUGGUGCAGAGGAGGAAGAGGAGAGCCAGUUUACUACACAGAGUUCAGUGAUCCAGUCACUAUCUACAAAAUCACAGGUCCAAACAAGGCUGUUGUGACUCUGCAGCCAAACUGGUCUGAAGUAUACAGAGGAGAGAGGAUCACUCUCAGAUGUGAGAUCACAGAUGGAGGAGACACUGAUUGGGAGUAUGAAUGGAGAACAACCAGCUCAGAAAAACCUCCACGUCAGAAUGAACACAGUAUUACAUCUGUGACUGAAUCCCACAGUGGAGACUACAGGUGUAAGGGCAGAAAGAAACAUACGCAGCAUUCUUCAACAGGUUGGAGUGAUCCCAUCAAACUGACAGUAUCAGACGGACUCCUUCCUGUCCUCACUGUGUCUCCAUCAUGGCUGAGUGCUGGAGCCUCAGUGACUCUGAACUGCAGAGUUAAAGAUCCAUCUGCAGGAUGGAAGUUCUACUGGUAUAAGGUUGUUCCUCAUCCAUCAAAUAUCUACUACAGCUAUGAGCAGCUACCUGGCAGCAGCAGUGGGACUGAACAGGAUUCCUACAUUGUUCAUGGACAGACACACACAGCAGGAUAUAGGUGUGGAGCUGGAAGAGGAGAUCCAGUGUUUUCCACUUAUUACAGUGGCAUUAAGUAUGCCUGGUCUGCAGAUUUUAACUCAUCAGCAUCUCUCACAGUGAGUCCUGACAGAGCUCAACACUUCACCUCUGACUCUGUCUCACUGAGCUGUGAGGGAAACUCUACUGAGUGGAGAGUGAAGAGGUUUUCAACUGAGGACAGAGACUCGUCAGCCUGCUCCUCCUGGUGGGGAAUAAUGACUGGAUCAACAUGCAACAUAAAGACUGACUGGACCAGUGAUGCAGUGUACUGGUGUGAGUCUGAAUCAGGAGAGUUCAGCAACGCAGUCAACAUCACUGUACAGGCGGUGUCCAGGCCUGACAGCUCUUCAUUUCCUGUACUGUUGGUUGUUGGGCUGGUUUGUGGAAUCGUUCUUUUUAUUCCUCUGAUCGUUUUGUUUUGCUACCGAGCGUCCAAGGAUUCAUGCUUCGUCAGACCAGUCCAGUCUGAGAGCGCCAACACAGAUCGUGUGGACCACAAGAAUGAUCAUUACUCUGCUCUUCACCACGAUGAUGUUUGUCUCUAUGACACAGUCAAAGGCCGUCAAGAAGCUGAACAUGCUCAAUAAAGAAAUCUGUAUCAACUAAACCAACAGAACAGACGACAACAUGAAAAACUCCAUCUGUACUUUGACAGCUUCUCUGUGAUCACUGUGUGCAGCUGUGCUGAACAGACAACACACAGCAUUUUGUAAAGUUAAUCUGACAGCAGCUCAUCUAAAAUAACUGUAUCAUGUGGUUUUAAUCUUCUGUUGUAUUUGUUGUUGUUUGUUGUUGCAGAGAACAAAUAUUGUGUGUGGACACUCGGUACGAGGUGAUAGUGCCACUUUAAAGUCAGCUUCUUUUGUAGCUUCUGAUUAAAAAGAGUUAAACAUUUAUAACUUUUGAUGUAUUUUAUGUGAAAAACACUGUUAACAUACAAGCUUCUUGUAUGUAGCUGUCAUUUUAUAAAUGCUUGAUAUUCUCUAUAUUUCAUGUUUUUAUAAAUAUGAAUGUAUUUUUAAAAGGUAGUUGACCAUUUUCUGCAUCAGUAAACUUCAUCAAUAAGUCAAUAAGCUGUCGGCAGUGUUCCUCAUAGAUUUAGAGGGAACAAAGGGAAUAUAACUGGAGUUACUUUAGUUUGAAAAGUCUCUUCCUGUUUGUGUCACUACUCACUCUUCAUCAUGUGGUUUAGAGUCGAGCCCGUUCAGACAAAUGAUGUCCUGCAUGUCAGAUAUCUUCAUGUCUCAACAUGAUGCUUCAUACUGUGGAACUGUUUUAUAUCUCAUUUACAUUUCUUUAUGUGUUUUACUGAACUGGUGCCAGAGGAAGUUUCAAAAUAAAAGUCAGGAGACUAAACUAAACCAUUUAGGGGGUUUGAACAUUGUUUGGAACACUUAGCUCAAAACUCAACAAAGUCCAUUUCACUGCACUCGUCCUACAAACUAUUGAUUCCGACACUCUGGGAAACACAUGGACUCAAGUUAAAUCACUUAGUGUCAACAUCACAGCCUCCCUUCACAAAUAAUGUGAUUUUAAGAGUUGUUGUAUCAUCAGGAGAAACUUAAACACUGUAUAAAAUGGCUACAACAAAUUCUAAAUCCUUGCUGCCUUCCUGUUAAUUCGGCAUUGAAUACAAAACUUUAAGAUGUUUCUUUCUUUGUAAAAAGUGUCUGAUUCUCGAGUAUAAAUUUCUAUGUCUGACGUGUUUCUUAUCUCCCAGCAGCUGUUUGAACACACUGCUGUCAGUGAUUCAAGUAUUUACACCUCAUUUAAUUUAAGAAUACAACAAAUUGACUGUAAACCUGUCCAAUAUUUAAAAUACAGUAACUCAGAUAGGCUGCUUUUUUGGAGAA